GCUGGUAGCGGCGGUGCUUUCCACCGCCACCCUCCUCUCGCUCCUUUCUUGGCCAGGGCCCGCGCCAUGGCGCCCGCCGGGCUCCCCUUUCGGCUCUUAGUGCUGCUGCUGCCGCUGGGAUCGCCGUCUGCUGAGCUAAGGGCGCCGGCGGGACCGGACGUGGAGUCGCUGCUGGAGGAGUUCCGCCGCCAGCUGCAACAGGAGCAGGAGCCUCUUGGCCGCGGCAGCGAGCGGGCGGAGGCGGCGGGACGCUGCCGCGGGACAGGCGGCCUUGCGGGCAGCGGCGGGAGUUUCUUCUCGACUAGGCCCGACUCCAUCAUCCGCACCAAGGACUCCAUCGCGGCAGGCGCCACCUUCCUGGGCUCGCCGGGCUCUGUGGCGGGCCUGCGGCAAUGCCUGGACGCCUGCUGCGCCGAUCCUCGCUGCACCCUGGCGGUCUUGCAGCAGCCGCCGCAGCAGCUGGCCUCGCUCCGCUGCUACCUCUUCAACUGCACGUACCGUGGCCGCGCCGUCUGCCUCUUCUCUCCUCAGCGCGGCUAUCACAGCUACUAUCUGGAGCCGACCAGCAGCCCUCCAGUCCCCGAAAAUGAUGAACCUCCUGUCAGCAAGGCAGGGAAAGACAUUGUGCUUCAGUUGCCUGUUGAUUGGGUGAUUCUUGAUGGCCGAGAAAGUUUCGAUGACCACGGAAUCAUACAAUAUGAAUGGAAGUUGCUGAAAGGUGCCCUCUCAGUUGGUAUGAAGGAACCUCAACCAGGAACUGUGAAGCUCUUUCAUUUACAAGAAGGCACCUAUGUUUUGCAGCUGACUGUGACUGACACUGCUGGCCAGAGGAGCUCAGAUAACGUCUCAGUGACAGUAAUUCCAAUGGUGCCCUCCACAUUAGGUUGCCUGGGGGCUUGUUCUCGCUACCAGUUCCUCUGUGAUGAUGGUUGCUGUAUCGAUAUCACAUAUGCCUGUGAUGGAGAGGAGCAGUGUCCUGACGGGUCUGAUGAAGUUUUUUGUCAGAAAUUGAAUUCUGGACAAAAGACAAACAUAGCCAUGAGCUCUAGCCAGCAACAUCCCAUGGGACUAAUGAAAGAUGCUGAGAAGGAACUCUCCUUAGAAAUCACCCAGGAAAGUCCUAUAAGCCAUCACAUACCUGAUGCAGACCAGACCAACCAAUCGCCCUCUCAGGGAACAGAAGAACUACCUGCUGGGGUUUUGCCAGGGAAAGAUACGGAUGAUAAGAAUGAAAAUGACAUUGUGGUGUUAAAAGGAACUCAAACUGGAAAGAGCCACCCAGUCCCAGAAACAGGUGCUGUUCUCCCGCUGGCUUUAGGGUUGGCCAUCACUGCUUUGCUGCUGCUCAUGGUAGCUUGCCGAUUGCACUUGGUGAGACAGAAACUGAAGAAAGCUCGGCCCAUUAUGUCUGAGGAAUCAGAUUACCUCAUAAAUGGGAUGUAUCUCUAAAGCAGAUUCAGGUUGCUUCCUUUCCUUCUUCAAACUUUCCAAGAAAGUGUGCCUCUUGCAUUUUUUUAAAAAACAUUUUUUUAAAAAAUUGCAUCAACCACCUUCAAAACAAUUCUUUUAAGACAUAUGGUAGAUAUAUACAGCACAGCAUCCUCUGCCAUAGCUACUGGAGUAUCCCAUGCUUGGCCAAUGAGGCAAGUGUAUCAUGCGAUGCUAUGUAUCAGUUGGAGACCCAGAGAAACACCUUACUGCCAUAUUUUAGGUCUGCAGAGUAGCACUGAUGGAACUGGCUUUGUGGUAAAAUGUAUUUAGGACUUCUUGUAAAUGUGCUGCUCUCAGACCUGUCCCUGUGUUAGGAGAGAGCAGUGCUGUAGCACCACUUCUGAUUACAGUAUUUAUACUGGCAGUACAUGGCUGAACUGUUAUUACAAUGACCUGAGUUCUUGCAUGAUGCCAGUCCGAUGCCACAAGUCAGUACAUUUUGCAGUGGAGCAGCAGAUACAUCAGAUCCUAAGCAUACACUUGAUGGAGAGCUCACUUACAGGAUCAAUUAUGUGAGAAAUGACAAACUGAGUUUACAGAGAAGAUAUUUCUUAUGUAAAUCAGUGCUAUGUAAUAAAAAGAUCACCAUGGGGAGCUCCCUUCUCACCCUGUACACCUGAAAGGGACCCAGAGUUAUAGCAAGGAAUGAGAUACAGUUGUGUAGUUGUGUUACAAGGCCUGUCAUGUGCUUCUCAGUGCUGACAGCCUCUGCUAGAUUAUAAAGCUGUAUAGAUUCUGCUAUUGGACAAUCUAAUGAAAACCUAUGCUGUGUGAUCUCAACUCAACAAAGAACUUUGUUGCUACAAUUUUCCUUUUUUACUCAUCGACAUAUCAGGGUUUAAUGUCCCAUGUGUUAAAAAAUCUCUUUUGUCUCUCCUUUUAACAAAAGUGACAAUUCCAUUAGUACUUAAUGAACAACUUUGGACCCUAGUGCUUGUGCCAGGUAUGCUGUCAUCUCGGGCUAGGGUUGUCAGCUGCCUGUAGAGAGUGCCCAGUCCCUUUAACACUGGCUUAAUGGGGUGUUAUUUACCAGUCAAUGUUAUUUACCCCCAUGCCAAGCUUUAGUUGCCUGUUUUCAAAUAUUAAGCCUAUAUUAAAGAGACAGGACAUUUUUCUUAAGACCUAUGUCAGGCCGCAGCCCCCUUUUUCUUCAUCCAUCCCUACAUUAUUCAUAAAAUUGAAGAAAGCAAAGCGGUGGCAGACAUUAAAGGUUGGCCACAGUGGCAUUAGGGACUGGGUUUACCAUUUCUUGUAAAUGACCACAAAAGAUCCAGGUUCAGAUUUAUUUAUUUUUUAGCUUCCUGCUCUACAUAAGUUAUUUGUGGCAUAUCAACAGAUUGAAAGAGGAAAAAAAUUAACUGCCUCAGCCAAUUUCUAAAGAUUUCCCUGCAUACAUAUCUGGAGGCAAUUUUUUCUCAUUGCAUUUAAGUGACUAUAUAGAAACGUGGGUCUACCCCAUUAAAGUGUCAAACUUAAUCAUGGUGAAAGACAACUCACCCUCAUUCCUGCUAAUGCUGCUUCUGCCGGUGAGAUUUCCAUUAAACACUAAAACAACACUGCCUAUUUCCACAAAGUUUGGAGGGUUCUUGUUAACCUGACCUUCACUUGACCUUGCAAUGCCAAUUAAAAUCAUCAAAUUAGCUUAAAAAUUCAAUGUACAACUGAGCCGUAAGAUGUUAUACUGUAAAAUGUGUGCCAUUUGUCUUAGUUAUAAUAUGUGAAUUCUCUUUAUCCAGCUGUGCAUAUGUUACAAUGAGAGAGACCUGCUACCAAUCAAUGCAGCAAAGGCAUGCAACUUUUGAUAUGUCUUUCAUAACAGAAUCAUAUCACGGGUAACUCAAAUUACUAAUGUCCCAAUCUGAUGAUGUAAAAUAUGAGAUAAUAAACCUAUGCUAUUCUUA